AACCGAGAGAAGAAAAGCCAAAGCGUCCCUCGUUUUUGCUUUUAAUCGCAGGCAUUCGAAGCCGCAAAAUCCGCCUCUUGAGUGUUUAGGGUUAGCUUAUUAGAAUCUUAUUAUCUCCACCAAGGAGAGUUUUGCUCAAUUCCACUGGGUUUCGUUUUUAAGAUUGGGACUAAGGUCAGCUUUUUAGUGCUGGUGGACUUGUCUAUUGCUAGUGGUUCUGAUGGCAGAAUACCCCAGUUUUGAUACUAAAUUCCAGCAAUUACAAAAAACAUGGGAUGUGGUUGGUGCAAAUGAAUUUGCACGUCGUAACAGGUUGUUCGAAAUAGUCCGGGAAUGCAGGGACAUUUACAGGAGACAAUUUGAUCAAACUGGAAAGUGGAGAGCACGCCUUUGCAAGGUUCUGGAGGCGUCACUGAAUCUCGAGAACGCACGCACCACUCAUUUUGCUUUAUUGCAAGAAUUACAACAAAUCUGGGUUGAGGUUGGUAAGACUGGUGAUGAACGCGAUAAGGCAUUGCUUCAUGAAUACUUGGAUGUUUACAGAAGAAUAGUUGGUCGAACUGUGAGGUGGAGAGCAGACCUUCUCCAGUUGUUGUCUGAUGCAAAAGCCAAGCUUUUUAGUCUUGGUUUAGCUCUCGGAAACGAAAAUGUUCCUCUACCCAAUUUGACAGGAACAAUCAACCAACAAUUAUAGGCUACAGUUCGAGCAUUACAACGAUUAAAGGAUUUUGCUUAUGGACAAUCACAGGAAGAGGCUCCCACACUGGGUUGCACCAAUACCGCCACGGGUGUCCGCCACAUCCGUGUUUCCGUGUGUCCAAUACGGCAAAUUUAAAAAACCAUGGUACGGCGCCACACCGGUAGGCAUAAAUAUCGUUAAUUUUUAAAGAUAUGUAAACAUAUAAACAGGGCAUAAUUUCAAUGUCGAUUCAAAAUAUAUAACAAAAGUUCAAUUAGAUUUUCAGUUUUGAUCUUAUACUUGCAAAAAGCUUAUAAAAAAAGCA